CACCGUCCCCUUCCUCCCUCCAGAAGCAAAGCAACAGAACCCAAAAUUCCCGGCUCGAAGAGUCUAGGCAUCGGACGCGCCCGCCCGAGAGGCUACUCGAAUCCCCCCCAAAAUUCCGCGGUGAGAGCCACUGAUCCAUCGCAAAACCCAUCAAAUUUCGCAAUUCAAAUCACCCAACCCCACCUCCCGCCACCAAUUCCAAGGAGAUCUCAGUCAACCGAAGGGUCAAGUCUCGCGAAGCUUUGAGUUGGAAAUAUGGGGAAACCGCUGAUCUACGAGAUUCUGGAGAAGCCGGCGAGCAGCAGCGUCAUCGGCAUCUGCUCCCUGAUCUGGUGGCUCAUCCAGAAGCGGGGCAUCGGGUACGCGGACGUCGGGCUGAGCUACGAGGCCGCCGUGGACGGCGGGCAGUACUGGCGGAUCAUCACCUCCGCCUUCUCGCACAUCAGCGUGGUCCACCUGGUGUUCAACAUGAGCGCGCUGUGGAGCCUCGGCGUCGUCGAGCAGCUGGGGCAGAUCGGGCUCGGCGUCGAGUACUACCUGCACUACACGCUCGUUCUCGUCGUGCUGUCCGGAUUGCUGGUCCUCGGGUUCUACCACAUGAUGAUUCAGAGGUUCAAGGUGGAGUACUUCAGGAGGGUCACUGCGGUUGGCUACUCAUGCGUUGUGUUUGGCUGGAUGACAAUCCUGGCUGCCAAGCAACCGUCGUCAAAGCUGAAUAUUUUUGGGGUUCUUUCACUGCCCAUCAGCUUUGCGCCAUUCGAGUCGCUGAUAUUCACAUCAAUCAUGGUGCCACAGGCUAGUUUCAUCGGCCACUUGUCGGGGAUAAUUGUUGGGUACUCAAUUGCCUGGGGUCUGAUUCAUGGGAUGAACAACUACUGGGCAAUCACAAUGCUUGGCUGGAUUGCACUUGUAUUUGUCUUGAGCUUGAAGCGUACAGGAUCUAUGGAGUUGAGUUUCAUUGAGAUCGAGCCAGUGACAGAUCCCUCGCUGCCUUCUGUUGGUGUGGUUGCUCCCAGAAAUGGUAGAACUCUACAAAUGGAUGUCUUGCCUGGAAGAAGAGUUGCAGACAUUGUAUAACACGCAGAGAGGAAAUGCUCGGCGAAUCCUGUUUUUGUUCUGCAAACUGUAUCAUGUCGACACAAUGCUAUGUAUUCAGUUUUGAAAUUCUGGUGUCGGCGUGUCGCUGAUGUCUUUAACCAUUGCUGUGUAAAGGAAUUCUUCAUCUGGCCUUCCAGAUGCAUGUUCAUUUUGAAUAGAAAUGAAUUCUUUGCGCUAGUUGCAUAGUUACCAUGUAAAGAGAGUUUUUCUAACUGAAUUCCUUCAGUGC